UAUAUCGAUUAUGCUCUACAUACGCUGAAGUAUGUAGAAAUGUAGAAUUUAAAUGUUGAUCUAACUGCAUGGUCUUUUCGAGAUCUGCUUGCCCAUAAUUCAAUAUAUAUCCCAUAAUUCAAUAUAUUAAUUUAAUUUUCAGAUCAACGAGUAGCCGAUUUUCCUUUAAUCCAAUCUUCUUAUCAUGUACCACUUAUAAUAUUGGCGUAUCUGUAUUUCGUACUCAGAUGUGGGCCUCGAUUUAUAAAGAAUAGGCAGCCAUAUUCACUGAAAACAUUUAUAAAGUUGUAUAAUAUUAUACAAAUUGUGGCAAACGUUUGGUUGGUUUAUAACUACAUCGAUGCCGGUGUGUUCAAAAGUUCAAAUUUAGUGUGUACCGAAGAUUUGUACCUUGAUUUCUCCUACGAUUAUAUUUCAAUGAGGUUAUGUAGAACUGCAUGGUAUAAUUUUCUGUUGAAAAUCGUGGAUUACGUCGAAACAGCCAUAUUCGUAUUAAGGAAGAAAAAUAAUCAGGUGUCUGGUUUACAUUUAUACCAUCAUAUAUCUACCUUGCUUUUCGCAUGGGCUGGUACAAGAUAUUUCGCUGUUGCUCCCAUACUAUUCAUUGGCGCGCUGAACAGUUUCAUACAUGCGAUAAUGUACACCUACUACUUCCUAGCAGCUUACGGGCCAAACGUUCAAAAGGCUAUAGCACCUAUGAAACAGUGGAUAACUAUAGCACAAAUGGUGCAAUUCGUCAUACUGCUAAUAUAUGCUUCGCAGAACUUUCUGCCAGGUUGCAAGGUAGUGAAGCAUUGGUUGGCCAUAAUAUAUAUCGGAAAUUUAAUGAUAAAUUUCUAUCUGUUUUAUAAUUUCUAUCAAAAGGCAUACAAUAAACCUAAGAGGAAAAUCUAAUAGAUAGUGAGAUAUACGCAAAUUUGAAAAGCAUCGAUUAUUGUUUGUUUUUUCUUAUUUCUAUUG